AGUAAGCCAAAAUUUCACCACUGCAGGUUACAAAUUGUAUGAGCCGGACAGCUUGAGAAGUCACUGUGAGGGAUCCAUGGCUCUGACUUCAGGGUUUCUUGUGGUCCUUCUCCUAAUCUGCUGGAUGGACCAUGGUUUGGCUCAAGCCAACACGAUCCAUUACUAUGACUUUGUUCUGAAGGAGACAAACUUUACAAGGUUGUGCAGCAGCAAGAGCAUGUUGGUUGUAAAUGAAAGUUUGCCAGGCCCUGUCAUUCGGGUAACAAAAGGAGAUACUGUUUAUGUUAAUGUCCAUAAUCAAGGAUCCUAUGGUGUUACCAUUCAUUGGCAUGGAGUACAUCAACCAAGGAAUCCAUGGUCGGAUGGUCCAGAGUACAUAACACAAUGUCCAAUAGAGCCAUCAACCAAUUUUACUUAUGAAAUCAUAAUUUCAGAUGAGGAAGGCACCCUUUGGUGGCAUGCACAUAGUGAUUGGACCCGAGCUGGUGUCCAUGGUGCUAUUGUAGUUUUGCCAUCCAACGACACAGGUUUCCCCUUUCCCCAGCCAGAUGCUGAAGAAAUUGUCGUUCUCGGAUCUUGGUAUACGGGUGACGUGAACGAGGAAGUUGCAGAGGACCUCGAAGCUGGGGGAGACACUCCUGGCUCCAAUUCUUAUAUCAUCAAUGGCCAACCGGGUGAUUUCCUCCCUUGCUCUAACCAAAGUACAUACAAAUGGCAAGUGGAUUACGGCAAGACUUAUCUGCUUCGCUUGGUGAAUGCAGCCAUGAGCGCAGAGCUCUAUUUUGCUAUUGCUCAACACAGCCUCACGGUGGUAGGAUUGGAUGGAUCAUACCUGAAACCUGUUGUCACUGAUUUUGUGAUGAUUGCCCCGGGACAAACAAUGGACAUUUUGGUCAAAGCAAAUCAGCCUCUUGGCCGAUAUUACAUUGCUGCUAGACAGUUUGACAGUGUCAGGCCGGAUGUCACAGAUUAUGAUCAAACAAAUGCCACUGCAAUUCUUGAAUAUUCAGGCAAUUACAGUACUUCCUCAUCAACACCAAUUUUCCCUAGCAGUCUUAAAACAUACCAGGACAUCAAAUCUGCAUUGAACUUCACCAACCGUCUUAGUAGUUUAGCAGACCAAGACCAUCCCGUUAAUAUCCCCAUAAACAUCACUACUAGAAUGUAUAUCACAGUUACGAUGAACAAUGUUGUCUUUGACUAUGAGGGAGUCUCAAAAAGGGCACUUUCUUCUGCCUUAAACAACGUCAGCUGGAUUAACCAAGAUACAGAUGUACUGCUUGCCUACUACAGGAACUUGAGUGGGUUUUACACCACAGAUUUUCCAGAUUUCCCACCUAGUUUUUUCAACUUCACAGCUUUGGAUGUACCUGACAAUGCCACCGAUACCGUCCAAGGAACCAAGGUGAAGAUGCUUGAUUAUAAUGAAGAGGUGGAGAUAGUGUUUCAGGGCACCAAUGUGUUUGAUGCAUUGGAGGAUCAUCCAAUGCACCUACAUGGCUACACCUUUUAUGUGGUUGGCUCAGGAGGUGGCAACUUUGAUACUGAGACUGACCCAAAAUGCUACAAUUUGGUUGACCCGCCUAAGAUGAAUACCGUUUCCUUGCCUAAGAAUGGAUGGGUUGCUCUUAGAUUCAAAGCAAGUAAUCCUGGAGUAUGGCUAUGGCACUGUCAUUUGGAUAGACAUCUAAGUUGGGGUAUGAACACUGUCUUUAUAGUGAGAAAUGGUGGCACACCUGAGACAAGUAUCCGUGAACCACCUCCUUACUUGCCGCCUUGUAAGGGUUCAUCGCCGAUUCAGCUCUUAAAUUUUGACAAAUCGAAUGAGAAUAAAUUAAAUAUGAUCAAUUAAGUGGACGUCUCCUAGAUAUGGAGUAUUUGCUUUAUGUAUCUAAAAGUACCUCGAGUAGAUCUAAAUAAAAAGAUAUGAACUGUAACCCAUGAGUUUAAUGACUUCUCAUUACCAUCAUUGCUACUGAAAAUAAG